UGUAGUCACAGUAAAAAAGUGCUGGCUGUGACUCUAUGUUUCCUCCCCCGUGCAUUUUUUUCCCAGCCCUCUUUAAAGGCCUGUCAAAGGCCUAUGGAGGUAUCACCACGGUUGCUUGUGUGUGCAUAUCCCAACUCAAGAGCCUUAUCUGAGUCCCCACACGCCCCUGUUCCCUGACUGUCAGGUCUUGUGCUGGCUGAUACCUCCAAUCUCCCUGGAGGCAGGUGGCUGUGUUGCAGAGCUGGGGUGGCAACAGCCCUCUGUGAGUCAGGCUCCUCCCUGCCCCAAGGAAAGGUCUCUUUUAACCGUGGACUGCUGAGAGACUAAACGUCCUCAUCUUUCUGUGAGCAGCUUCGGGUGGACAGAAAGGGAGGUGAGCCCCGGGCCAUGGGAACUGGUCCAGAGAGUAACUUCAGCAUCUCUGGAUGAUGCUGUGAACUCCUGGGCCUUCCUCUUCUGCUAUUUCUUCAUCUCUGCUGUUGGCAGGAGUGUGUCUGCUCCUGGGAGAGCAAGACAAGGGACCACUGGUUCCAGAGAUGCAACUGGGCCCCUUGUCCAAGUGUGUGUGACUAUGUCUGUGCCCAGGCAUGGUUUACGUGUGAAGUGUACUCUUCCCACCACACAGAGAUGGUGACUUACGGGAAGCAGAAGGACCGGUAGGAUUGACAUGGCCUCAGCUCCUUCUGUGACUAGCCUCGCAGAUGAGGUCAACUGCCCCAUCUGCCAGGGCACCCUAAGGGAGCCAGUCACCAUUGACUGCGGCCACAACUUCUGUCGAGGCUGCCUCACUCGCUACUGUGAGAUCCCGGUCCCAGAAUCGGAGGAGUCCCUCAGCUGCCCACUCUGCAAAGAGCCUUUCCGCCCAGGGAGCUUUCGGCCGAACUGGCAGCUAGCCAGUGUGGUAGAGAACAUCGAACGCCUUCAGCUGGCAUCCACUCGAGGCCCGGAGGUGGAGGAUGCCUGUCCCGAACACGGGGAGAAAGUCUACUUCUUCUGCGAGGAGGAUGAGGCACAGCUGUGUGUGGUGUGCCGUGAGGCUGGACAGCAUAGGACUCACACUGUGCGCUUCCUGGAGGAUGCAGCAGGUCCCUACAGGGAACAAAUACAGAAGUGUCUUAUGUGUCUAAGGAAAGAGAGAGAGGAGAUUCAAGAAAUCCAAUCAAGAGAAAACAAAAGAAUACAGGUGCUCCUGACUCAGGUGGCCACCAAGAGACAGCAGGUGAUUUCCCAGUUUGCACAUCUGAGCCACUUCCUAGAGGAACAACAGAGUGUCCUUUUAGCACAGCUGGAGAGGUUAGAUGGGGACAUCCUGAAGCAACAGGAAGAGUUUGAUUCCCUGGCCACAGGGGAGAUCUGCCGAUUCAGCGCCCUGAUCGAGGAGCUGGAGGAGAAGAACACUCGGCCGGCAAGGGGGCUCCUGAUGGAUAUCAGAAGCACUCUAAUAAGAUGUGAAACUAGAAAGUGCCGGAAACCUGAGGCUAUAUCUCCAGAGCUGGGCCAGAGGAUCCGGGACUUCCCCCAACAGGCCAUCCCUCUGCAGCAGGAGAUGAAGACAUUUCUGGAAAAACUCUGCUUUGAGUUGGACUAUGAGCCAGCCCAAGUUGCUCUAGACCCCCAGACUUCCCACCCCAAGCUCCUCCUGUCCGACGAUCACCAGAGGGCUCGGUUCUCGUACAAAUGGCAGAACUCACCGGACAGUCCGCAGCGUUUCGAUCGGGCCACCUGUGUCCUGGCCCAGCGUGGCUUUACAGGAGGGAGGCACACGUGGGUGGUGACUGUGGACUUGGCCCACGGGGGCAGCUGCACUGUAGGGGUGGUGAGAGAGGACGUGCGGCGGAAAGGAGAGCUGCGGCUGAGACCGGAGGAAGGAAUCUGGGCCGUGAGACUGGCGUGGGGCUUUGUCUCUGCCCUGGGCUCCUUCCCCACAAGGCUGGCCCUAGAGGAGCAGCCCCGGAAGGUGCAGGUAUCGCUUGACUAUGAGGUAGGCUGGGUGACCUUUGCCAAUGCUGUCACCCAGGAACAUAUCUACACCUUCACCGCCUCCUUCACUCGGGAGAUCUUUCCCUUGUUUGGACUCUGGGGCAGAGGGUCCAGUUUUUCCCUGAGCUGUCCAGAAGGCGCAGUCUCCCUCCUCUGAGUACAAGACUGGAACCAAGCACCCUGGGGAGCUGACCCUUGGCUGGGUCACCAGGCACAAAAAUGACUGUCUUAGACAAUAGGGAGGGCAUGUGUCAGUAAGGGACAAGGUGCUAGGACCUCUAGUCUCUUCACUGCCCAGCUCCUUCCCCAGUGCCCAUCAGAUGGUCAGGGUAUCUAGGACGGGCUGCUGCUGUUCCCACCAUUGCCAUUAAUGUCUAUGGAUGUACAAAUAGUGCUGGCUUGUAUGCCUGAAGACCUGGAUUCCAGAAGUCCUGUCAUCAACCAGUUGCGUGAUUUCAAGCAAAACACUUCACCUCUUCAUUUUGUUUUCUUCCAAAAAUAUUAAUUCAUUCAUAUCUUCAAGAAAAAUUCUGGAGGAGACGAUAUGACCAAAAUACAUGAAUGAAAUUCUGAAAGAAUAAAUAGAGUAUUAUUUGAAAAGGA